AUGAGUUUAAAACAACAGAUCGCGGUCCAGCCUCUGGGUCCUGGCCAUUUCCGCUCCGUCAACUACCCGACACGAAUGGGGGCUCUUUCUGAAUUUGUUUUCGGGGGAAAUACUAUUGCAAUUGCAGUAAAUGCAGCUCAUCAAACACUCGACAGUAAAUACCAUCUAUACUCGAUCUGCGGCUAUUUUAUCCGCCCUGCAACAACCGACCGCAAGCUCUUAUGCCAUGUUGAGAGUAUCAGAGACAGCAAAAGCUUCGAAACUCGUCAGAUUCGAGUCUCCCAAUCAAGCGAUGACGGUUCAGUCAAGCUUUGUCUAAUAGCAUUGGCGGAUUUUCAUAUCGAGGAGCCCCGGUCGCUUGUGACCUAUUCAGCUCCUCAUGAAACUAUACCCUCAUCGGACGUCCUUAGUCACACGAACUCGACUACGACAACAAACAUCAAGAAGACCUCUGACCUUUAUAGGAACAUUGAAUGCUUUGUCGAUUUGAGGCCAAUCCCUGACAAUAACCCAAGCCGGGAUAGAGCAGAGCAGAAUCCAGGUGCAGACAGCAUCCCAUCUGCACCGUCAAUGGUUACCAAAGAGAUGUUUCGGAUAUCGGAGCCACUCGAUAACGAAGCGGAACAGGUAUCCGCGCUCGCAUUCUAUACGGACAAAGGUCUGGCAUAUCUUCCAGCGAUUCAUGGAAGACAAGACUUAUGGCAAGCUAGUGCUUGCGCGACGUUGGAGUUUUCUCUUCGGAUAUUUGCCCAUGGAUUGAAUUUUGGAAAUUGGCAUUUGUCAGAGCAAAAGACAGUUGUGGCAGGAAACGCAAGAGCUUUCAGCGAGGGGAGAGUCUGGGAUGAGAACGGCUCCAUGGUUGCGAGUAUGACCCAACAAACCAUUUUUCGCCCUGGCUCGGAACUUGGUUCUCGUUUGUAA